AUGUUACCAUUGCCUUUCAUGGAUUUUCUUCUCCAGAUCAUUUUCCUGUUCUUCAUGCUUCCUAUCAGGUUACAAGGAUCAGAUCCUCCACAGACAAUAAAGCACAAAAUGAAUGAGACAGCCAUAUUGGGAGGAAAUGUGACCAUUUUCUGUAAUUUGACAACUCCAGCAGAUGUUGUGCAAAUCACCUGGCAGAAGAUCCAAGACUCUUCGCCACAAAAUAUUGGCACAUAUAGCAGAAAAUUUGGCGAAAAAAUUCUUCCACCAUAUCAAGAUCGACUGCAAUGCAAGGCCAUAGAACCCAAUUGCUCAUUUAUAACUAUCCAAGAAGUGAAAUUUGAAGAUGAAGCCUGCUAUAAGUGUCUAUUUAAUGUGUUCCCUCGGGGCAGCCAUGGAGGACAAAUCUGUCUGAACAUUAUAACUGUAUCUGUAUUACGAACGGAACUCCAGACCAACCAUGACACUGAAGAUGUUAGAUUGAUUUAUUCGGCUGUUGGAAAACCUGUUCCACAGAUAUCUGUUUUCCCCUCAGAAGUCUUGACUAGCCCACCAGAGGAAUUCCUUGCUGAGAAUCCAAAUGGCACAGUGACUAUCACUAAAACAUUUAACAUCUCCUUGGAGCGUGUGAAGGUGCUAAACAUCCAACAGCUGAUUGUACACAUGAAUCAUCCUUUAAGGAAAGAAGAGAAGGUUUUACACCUGCCAGUGAGGUCAGAUGGUGCUUCAGGUCAUAUUAAAUGUUUACUUAUGGCUCCUGGUGUAUUUUUCCUUCUCUUGAUUAUUUUAAUUGCAACAUUCUGCUUUUGGAAAAAGAAAAAGUCAAGAAAGCCACCUAUAGAGGAAAAACUUCCUGAAAACUUAAAUGCCGAAGAUUCUGAACAGCCUGGUGAACAUUUAAUGAACCUCUCUCGUCCUGCAAACACUCUUACUGGAGAAAUGUGA